UUGGUUUUGUUUUUUUCCAAUUUUGUUACACAAUGAAAACCUUUUUAAUUUAAAUUCUUUAGUUAAAUUGAAUUAAACUUCUAAUUAAUUGAUUAAUUUUAUCUCCUAUGUAUUAGACUGGCUGGAAUUUUAUUCGAAAGUUGUUAUUGUUCACUUGGUGCAUGAGAAAUGUCAGAACCGGUUGAUAGUGUUCACUUUGAUGGGAUUUAUCAACAAACGUAUAAUUUUCAAAAUUGGUCAAUUGUUACUCGUCGGAGUCACAUUUUACAAUCAAGUUGUUCCGAUGGGUGUGAAAUUAAACCAUCUAAUCCAUUGUGUCUUUUUUGCAAAUUUAACUCAGAAUUAUCUCUUAUCCAUUUUCCUGAUAUGACAUUUGCUAAAAAUAUUUUACGCUUGGAAAAUACGAAAGGAUUUGGUCUUGAGUUUGAUUGUCUUAAUGCACUCAAGUCAAUUCCAAAAACAGCUCCCGAAGGGAUGAAAGUUGAAGUUUCUCAGGAAUGGUUAAAGGCAGAGAAGAUUUUGAACAACAAAAGAGUUCCCAAUCCAUUUGACUGGACUUUUACCACAACCUACAAGGGUCAUUUACUUGCAAGUCGUGAUGGUCAAACUUUACUAGAAGAACCAACAAACGAACGGAUUGACAUUGAAAAGCUUAAAGUUAAAGAAAAUAUCCUUUUCUAUGAUGAAGUUCAUCUUUUUGAAGAUGAACUAGCAGAUAAUGGAGUUGCCAAAUGCUCCGUUAAAAUAAGAGUGAUGAGACAUUGCUUCUUCAUUCUACUCAGAUAUUUCCUUCGAGUUGAUGGAGUAAUGGUGCGAAUCCAUGACACAAGAAUCUAUCACGAAGUUGACAAAAAUUACAUGAUCCGUGAAUACACAAGAAAAGAGGAAGAUAUAUCCAAGGUUGAACUACCAAUUGAUAUUUUACUUGAUCCAGUUGAAUUAAGUCAACGAUUACCAACAAAAGAAGCCAUUUACACCAAACUCAAAUUUCCUUGUUAAUUGUUUAUAAAUGAGAAAAGUCAAUUUUUUUUCCUUCAUCCAGUUUAUCCUAAUCAAUUGAUCGAAACUACAACUAAAUUAAACAUCAACAUCUCCAUUGGAUCUCAAAGCCACAAGAAAAAUAAAUCACUUGAAUUGACAAAUUAUAUUUUUUUAAACACUUGA